UUACUUUUAUUCUCUGUCAUGUGUUCGCCGAAUUCUGUCGAUAAAUGAUAGCCGUCGAACUAAUAUUUUACCUUACCGUUAAAUUAUAAAGUUAAAUAGUAUUUAAUAAUAUAUUGAGUGUGCCCUGAAAAAAAAAUAGGUAGGAAAUAAAUAGAAAUGAGGGCUAGCUUAUUUUUUUUAUUGGUAUAUGUGUAUAUGUCUAGUGGCGCGAGUAAUAACGAUAAAGAAAUUGAAGAAGAGAGGAACAGGAAAAGAAUAAUCGAACAGUUAACUCGGACGCGUACAGUGUUGCAUGAAGAUUAUGAUUUGAUUAGUAGACAGGUUGCCACAGAUGUAUAUAUGUUUAGAAGUUACCGGACUGUCUCUGUUGUUUUUUAUCCGGUGAUGAUAGAAGUUAGCGAUGCCCGGUUCACGUUCCAGUCAGAAGAGCUUCAUUUAAAUAAUAUUGGUUCAUGCGAUCCACAAGAAAUAAUUGUUCAUCUUAAAUACGGGUCGUAUCCGGCCGUAAAUCCUGAUGGGUACGAUUUCCCGAAGGAUUUCGUGGAUCCGGCCACGAGGGAGAAUAUAUACACCCUCGAGUUGACAUCAGAUGGCAGGAAUCGAACUUACGAUAUAAAGACUCCUAAGCCGGGGCAGUGGUACGCGCUAAUUUAUAUUAAAUGGGAGGAUCCUAGGACGCAAGCACUUGAGCAACAAGGUCUCGUUGCUGACUGUCAAACAAUCAUUUAUACAGACUUACAAGUGAAAAGAGAAAAAGAUGUGCCAUAUGUUAAUUGUUAUGCCGGUCUCACUGUAAACUAUACACAAAUUCCAUCUUAUUACAAAUGUAUGUCUUUAGACAAGGUGGAGCCCAUACGCUUCAAUAUAACUAUCAGGGACCCCUCCCCAGAGGAUUCUAAAAAAGUAUCAGUAAGGAUUCAAGCGCAGUCGCUGCCAUCUGAAGGAAAUAAUAUUUUAUCAUGCGCUUUUGACUUAAAGUUAGGAACACAGUCAGUCGUCUUUACACCUAAUGUAUUUGAUUGGCAUUACAUACAUUUAGACUUCAUUGAUAACACUACACAUAUAGCUGACUGUGAUUCUUAUUUAAUUAGCGAUGAACGCGAAGCGGACAAUUAUACAAUUUUAGAACUUAUGCGAAAUGAUAGAGGCAGAUUCUUCACAUUCGAUGCUUUGUUACCAACAACCGAUUUGCAAGAUACAACCAGCUUAGUAAACAUUUCGUCCAAUGAAAUAAAAACUUUACGGUUCAACGUCCACGAAUCUCUAGAUAUAGGCGGUACCUUGUCAAUAGAUGUCUCUCUUGUAAUGAGUUUCAAAUAUUAUAUGGGAUAUAAAAGAGAAUUGCAGAAAGGUGCUUUGUUAGCGUUCACUGAGGAUAACCAGUAUUUCAAAGCUGUUAUAUGCCUUGAUAUUGGCCAUUCGAGUAUACCCUUAGAAACUGGUGAAUGCAAAUAUAAUGAUCAAGUAAAACCCGCGCUCUUUGUCUUGAAUAGCACUGACUCUGAUUCCAUAAAUGACCAAGUAAUUAUACCAUAUCCUGAGAGUGGCACGUGGUAUUUGACUUUUAGGAUAUUCUGUGAUGAUAAAGUCUGUCCUUGUCGUACUACUGAUAAUGGUACAAAAUAUUAUGUUGAGACUAUUGCCACAGAUAAGGAUGCAACUCAAGAUGUAACGACCGAUACUUGGAGAGAAGGCACCUCGGAGUGCAAUGCUACGGUGAUCCUGUCUGUUUCUUCGACAUCUUGUGUCGCAGGGAGAUGCAGUAAUCACGGAAACUGUCUCUUAAAUACGUUUGGAGGGAUUGUGAUGUCCUUUUGUUCGUGCUCUGCUGGAUACGGAGGUUGGGACUGCUCAGAUGAUUCAAGAAUGGACAGCAGAGCAUACAUGUUGAUUUCUAUUUUGCUUCUCACAUUAAGUAAUUUACUUUUCAUUAUGUCCAUCUACGUUGCCAUCAUCCGCCUCUAUUACACAGAAGCCAUGAUGUAUGGAUUCACAAUGAUAUUUUCAACAUUCUACCAUGCCUGCGACGCUCCCGCUCAAGUUGCGUAUUGCAUCAUUACAGGUAAUAUACUCCAAUUUGGAGAUUUUUACUGCGGUAUUAUGUCUUUCUGGGUGACAUUGCUCGCAAUGAGCAUAAUUAGUGAAAGAUUCAGGUCUUCACUGCAGUUAAUCGGUGCUAUAGUCAUAGCGUUACUGACUACUUGGAACAGGCAUUCCUUUGUAGCAUUUGUGUUCCCCGUAGUCGUAGGUCUCGUCGUACUCAUGGUGUCCUGGUACUUAAACUACAGAAAAUACCGCAAAAUGAAAUAUCCAAGGUCGUAUUAUAGAAUUUACUUGCCACUAGGUCUUCUUUGCGUUUCGGUCGGUUUAAUAUGUUAUGGGUUCUUGCAAACCGAACAGAACUACAAGGUAGUUCACUCGUUGUGGCAUAUGAUUGUAGCUGUGAGCGUGGUGUUCCUUUUACCUGAUAACAAGCGAGAUGAUGACAGUAAUCCGUUUGUGCCGAGCCCGAACUAUUGUAGGUUGCCGUCCUGUAGGAUCUUCCGAAGAACACAAACGCACAUUGCGGGUGAUUAAUUGUCAACCCUAUAUUAAUUUGAAUAGAGCUCAUUUAAAGUCAACUAGCCGCAAGUAGUUUUUAAGAUCUAAAUGUUAUAAAGCAUUUUUUCUACUAGUCAUCCACAGGUACAGAGUAAAAGAAUGUUUUAGUAGUAUAAUAAUAUGAAUGUUCUAUUAAAUGUAACGUAAUGGAGACAAUAUGGGAGUAUGAUAAUAUUGUUAUUAAACAAAAAAUGUCACUUCGCAAGACUGUAUAUUCUAUGGCAUAAUAUUGAUUUAUA